AGGUCCCGGCGCCCUCGGCGAUGCUCCGUCGUCCUGUCCAGGCAGCCAGGUCCCUUCCCCCGGUCCUCAGCUCGCGGGGGUCCCUCUGAGCUGCCCAUGUCAGCGUCCCCAUGGCGGGCUUGGCGGCUGCGGGCGGAAUGCGGGCACAGCGCGUCAGCAUGCAGGAGCACAUGGCCAUCGACGUGAGCCCGGGCCCCAUCCGGCCCAUCCGCCUCAUCUCCGACUACUUCCCGCACUUCUACCCCUUCGCCCAGCCCGCCCUCCACGCCACCGGCCCGCGCCCCGCCGCCCAGGCCACUCGCCCUGCACUCCAGCCACAGCUCGACCUGGAGUCCGAGGGCGACUCAGACGACAGCACUGGCCUGGGCACCCUCGAGUUCACGCUGCUUUUCGACGCAGACAACAGCGCCCUGCACUGCACGGCCCACCGUGCCAAGGGCCUCAAGCCACCCGCCUCAGGCUCCGUGGACACCUACGUCAAGGCCAAUUUGCUGCCGGGUGCCAGCAAGGCCAGCCAGCUGCGCACACGCACAGUGAGGGGCACUCGGGGACCUGUCUGGGAGGAGACUCUCACCUACCACGGUUUCACCCGCCAGGACGCCGGGCGAAAGACCCUGCGGCUGUGUGUGUGUGAGGAUCCGAGGCUGCGGCGGCGCCGGCGGGCGCCCCCCCUGGGGGAGCUGCGGGUGCCCCUGAGGAAGCUGGUGCCCAACCGUGCGCGGAGCUUCGACAUCUGUCUGGAGAAGCGAAGGCUGACCAAGAGACCCAAGAGCCUGGACGCAGCCCGUGGGAUGUCUCUGUAUGAGGAGGACAUGGAGGUGGCUGUGGAGGAGCGGGGGCGUAUACUGUUGUCACUCUGCUACAGCUCCCAGCAGGGUGGCCUGCUGGUGGGCGUGCUGCGCUGCGCCCACCUUGCCCCCAUGGACGCCAACGGCUACUCGGACCCCUUCGUCCGCCUUUUUCUGCAUCCAAAUGUGGGGAAGAAAUCGAAGUGCAAGACCAGGGUUCGGAAGAAGACCCUGAACCCCGAGUUCAACGAGGAAUUCUUCUAUGCGGGCCCCCGGGAGGAGCUGGCUCAGAAGACCCUGCUGGUGUCUGUCUGGGACUAUGACCUGGGCACAGCUGAUGACUUCAUCGGCGGGGUGCAGCUGAGCAGCCGUGCCAGUGGGGAGCGCCUGCGGCACUGGCGUGAGUGCCUGGGCCGCAGUGACCGCCGGCUGGAGCUGUGGCACCCGCUGGACGGUGCGCCCCUCCAGCUCAGCGACUAGAUCGGUCCCAGGCCUGGCCGUGCUCACCACCCCACCCCCAUAUCAGACCCUCCCAGUCUCCACAGAACUGAGAUGAGCCUGGGGCUGCCACACCUGCCUUCCUGCCCCUCUGACCCACCGUGCCUAGCCCCUGGUCAAAGGGGUGUUUCCUUCCUCCCUCCCUUUGAAACUCACCUCACCACCCAACCAUGAAGCAAAAAUAAACAGCUGCUCCAAACCAGACCAGACAGAGCCUGUCCUUUCUAUGCCAGGGGACAACCACAGCCCCUGUCCAGGGCCUCACAGGGCACGCUGGGCCCCACUCCCUCCCCACCCUGAGGCCUGUGCUGGCCAGGCCCAGGCCUGACCCCAGGCCACAGUGACAGGGAGUCCCCAGGCACAGCCCUCCCCAUGUCCCCAUUUCCCGCACCAAGGGGCGGUGCUCAGCAUGGCCUAGGGCAGACUCAUGGACCCAAGGGACUCACUCGAGACCCUGUCUGACCUAUCCUUCCCGGCUCCGACCUCUCCCUGGGAGAAGGGCCGUGGGACGACGUGGGGGACAAAGCCCGAGACUCUACAACAGGAGACAGGC